CACUGCACGCUUCCCUUCACCACAAACAAUCUCUUUCUCCUCCUCUUUUUUUUUUUCUCUGCGUCAUCGAGAAUGACCAACGACGCGGCUCUGAGAUCGUCUCUGGUCUGGUUGGCGGCGGCGAUGGUGGUGGUCGGGCUGUGGACGCACUCCUUCAAGAAGGUGGCGGCGACGUACGGGGCGGGCGUGCUGGGGAUCGCCGGCGUCCUCUUGCCGGACUGGGACUACUUCGACCGCGACUUCUCCAGGUGGACCACCCCGGUCAGCGCCGAGGAGAGAGCCGCCAUUUCUUCACACCGAUCUCGCUUCCCGAGGUUUAGAAUCUAUCCUCUUCGUGCCGUUAUGUACGCAUGUGUCUACGGAUUUGGUCUGUACAAGUGGUGGGUGUUCGUAUCCGGUUGAAUCAAAUUUCUGGUGAGACCUGCCAAAUUCAACCGCGCAGAUGAAAACCGAGGCUCGUGCACCCGCUCCCGGUGAUGAUGUCUCCUGGAACAGGGUCUAACAAAGAGGAAGACUUUGUUUCAGAAGCAUUUCACUAGAUUUCUCCGGCUUUGAUGAUGAAUGAUUCCUACUUGAUCUUUUACACUUCAUCACAGUUCUACUGUUGGACAUGUUCAAUUGAUGUUUAUUUCUCACCGGAAUGUUGCAUUUUUUUUUUUAUAGGAUUAGUGAGAAUUCAGUGAUGAACUUCGGUA